AUGAAAGAAGUUCUUGAUUACAAUGUAAAACCUGAACAUUACAAUUUAAGUGUUGUAAUACAAGAGGAAUAUUUUACAGGGGACGUAAAGAUAGACUUAAUAGUUUUGAAAAAUACUAAUCAAUUUAAUUUCAAUUCUGAUUCUCUCGAUUUACUUGAAGUUAAAUUGAUGGUGAAUGAUUCAGAAAAAAAGAUUUCAAUUAAUUCAGAAAAUACCUUUUGUCUUAUAAAAAUUGAAGAAGGAGAAAUUAGUAUAAAAGAUAAAGUUUAUUUAAGCAUUAAAUUUAAAGGGUGUUAUUCACAAGAUAUGUGGGGGUUUUAUAAAUCAAAAUAUAAUGAAGAUGAUUUAUUUUCUACAGAUUUCGAGCCUACUAAUGCAAGAAGGGCGUUUCCCUGCUGGGAUCAGCCUGAUAUGAAAGCUACCUUCGAUAUAGCUAUCAAACCAUUAGAAGGAUAUAAUGCAUUGAGUAAUUCUAGCUUAAAAGAAAUUAAAAAUGGUUACUAUAUUUUUAAUACUACACCUAAAAUGUCUACUUAUAUUGUGGCAUACAUUUCUGGUAAAUUGGAAGCUUAUGAGACACAAACUAAAAGAGGCGUACCUAUACGUGUCUAUGCACACAAGGACGAAAAAGCAUGGGGAGAAUAUUCAGGUAGAGUAGCAGCAGAAUGUCUUGAUUUUUUUGAAAAAUAUUUUGGAAUAGACUAUCCUCUUCCAAAACUUGAUUUUGUUACAAUUCCUGCAUUUGUUAGUGGUGCAAUGGAAAAUUGGGGACUAGUCACUUUUAGGAAAACAUCAUUAUUAUAUGAUAAAAAUACUAGUAGUCAAAGAUCUAAAAAAAGAAUAGCAGAGACGGUAUGCCAUGAAUUGGCACAUAUGUGGUUUGGUAACUUGGUUACCAUGAAAUGGUGGAAUGAUUUAUGGCUUAAUGAAGGAUUUGCUACAUGGGCAUCAUAUCUAGCCAUGAAUAAUAUUUCUAAAGAACUUAUUGAUUGGGAUGUAUGGCCUGAGUUUAUUAUGGCAGAUAUUGAAUCUGGAAUGCGACAUGAUUGUCUUAAAAAUUCUCAUCCUAUAGCUGUAACAGUUAAUAAGCCUUCUGAUAUAAAUCAGAUUUUUGAUACCAUUUCUUAUUCUAAAGGGGCGUCUAUGAUAAGAAUGUUAGAAGGUUAUAUUGGUGAAGAAGAAUUUCAAAAAGGAAUUAGAGAUUAUUUAAAUAAAUUUAAAUAUUCUAAUGCAUGUACAGAAGAUUUAUGGUUAUCAUUUUCUGCAGAAUUAAAUGUACAAGUUAUUAUGAAUGAUUGGAUUACAAGACAAGGAUUUCCCAUUCUUAAUAUUAAAGACACAUCAGAAUGUACUAAAAGUACUUUGACUUUAGAUAGCGAUGAUCCAACUGAUGUUGAUCCUAGUGAAUACAGUUUAAUUAUUGAACAACAAAGAUUUUUACUAUCUGGUCCAAGCAACAGAGAUUUGUGGAAGAUUCCAAUAAAAAUAAGAUGGUUCGGUGAAACAGAAAGCACUGAAAAUAUUUUAAUGAUUGAAAAAAAUUUAACUAUUCCUAAAAAAAAUAAAAUUUAUAAACUAAAUGAUGAAGCUUCUGGAUUUUAUAGGGUGAGAUAUCCACUACAAAAUUUGGCAGAUUUAAUAAAGAUAGGCAUAUCUACUAGCAAUAAGUUAAAUAUUAUAAAUGACAUUUUUGCACUUAUAUUUUCCAACAAGAUGCUAGCAAUUGAUGGUAUUGUUUUAAGCGAGUUAUUUUCUAGAGAAACCAAUGCUGAGAUUUUAGGAUCAAUACUUUCUAAUUUGGGAAAAAUACGCAGCAUUUUUGCCGAUGAGAAAAAUGUAGUAAAACAUAUUAAUGAAGUGAUUUGGGACAUUACAGGAGAGAGAGCAAAGAGUAUUGAUUUACAUUGUCAAGAUAUUAAAUGUGAAAAUGUGAUUGCUAACAGUUUACUUCUUUCGUAUGGAUUAUCUACAGGGGAUAAAGAUCUAAAAAAGAAGUUAUCUGAUGCAUAUGACUUGUAUAAACAAGGCAAAUAUAUUAAUCCUGAGUACAUAAGGUCUAUAUUUGCUUCAGUGGCCGACACAAAAUUUGAAGAUUUGUGGAAACUAGCUAAAGAAUCCAAAUUACCUGAUGAGAGAAUAAUGGCACUAUCAUCUUUAGCUUAUAUUUAUAAAGAUAGUGCAUUAAAAAAUAUGAUAUCAAUGUAUAAAGAGAUUGAACCCCAUAACAGUAUAUAUUUCUUCCUCUAUCUUCCUUGCAAUUUAAUGCAUAGAACUUUUAUUAUUAAUUAUAUUCUUGAUAAUUUUGAUGACAUAAGAAGUUAUAUGAAAAAUGAUAGAUUAUUUCAGUACGUAAUUGAAGAUGUACUGGGUGUUGUUUCAUACAGUCAGUUAGGCGAUAAAACGAUAAAUCUUUUAUUAACAAAAAAGAAUGGCGAUAUAACAAUGGCUAUUAAUAAAACAAUUGAAAAAAUUAAACACAACCAAGAGUUUAGAGAUCAUAAUUCAGAUUUAGUUUCAGAAAGAGAAUAA